AGUUACAAAAUGUGAAAUCACAGGGACCAAAAGUUCUAACAUGCCAAAAGAUACUUGACUACCAUCUUCGAACCAAAAUCCUCACAUCCGCCAUUGUUACACAGCAACAAAGCUCUCAACAGCUAUGGAAAACCUUCAUCAAUGACGACUUUAACCUUCACUACUUAAAAACCUUACUAAUAUUCAUCUGAAAAUCCGGUUUCGUUCACCGAUAAGCGAUAACAUGCGGUCAAAAGAUCGAAUUUCAUACUUCUACGAUGGAGACGUUGGUAAUGUUUACUUUGGACCAAACCAUCCAAUGAAGCCGCAUCGGUUAUGUAUGACUCAUCAUUUGGUGCUCUCGUAUGAUCUUCACAAAAAGAUGGAAAUUUAUAGGCCUCACAAGGCAUAUCCGGUUGAGCUAGCACAGUUUCACUCGGCUGAUUAUGUGGAGUUCUUGCAGCGGAUAAACCCCGACACACAACAUUUGUUUCCAGAAGAAAUGGCAAAGUUUAAACUUGGAGAAGAUUGCCCCGUCUUUGAUGACAUGUUUGAAUUUUGCCAAAUAUAUGCUGGUGGAACAAUCGACGCUGCACGAAGAUUAAAUAAUCAGCUUUGUGACAUUGCCAUAAAUUGGGCCGGGGGAUUACAUCAUGCUAAAAAGUGUGAAGCAUCGGGAUUUUGUUACAUCAAUGAUUUAGUGUUGGGCAUUUUGGAGCUUCUAAAGUAUCACGCACGUGUUCUGUAUAUUGAUAUCGAUGUGCAUCAUGGUGAUGGUGUAGAAGAAGCAUUUUACUUCACCGACAGGGUGAUGACUGUAAGUUUUCACAAGUACGGAAAUCUGUUCUUUCCCGGAUCAGGUGAUGUAAAGGAAAUUGGGGAGCGAGAAGGAAAGUUCUAUGCAAUUAACGUUCCUUUAAAGGAUGGCAUAGAUGACAGCAGCUUUACACGUUUGUUUAAAACAAUAAUUUCAAAGGUUGUUGAAACAUAUCAACCGGGUGUGAUCGUUCUCCAGUGUGGAGCAGAUUCGCUCGCUGGGGACCGCUUAGGCUGCUUCAACCUCUCUAUAGACGGACAUGCUGAAUGUGUUAGGAUUGUAAAAAAAUUUGGUUUGCCUCUGCUGGUAACUGGAGGUGGAGGAUAUACCAAAGAGAACGUUGCUCGGUGCUGGACUGUUGAAACAGGAGUGCUUUUAGAUACAGAGCUUCCUGAUGAGAUCCCGGAUAAUGAUUAUAUCAAGUAUUUCGCUCCGGAGUGUUCGUUAAGGAUUCCAACUGCUCAUAUCGAAAAUUUUAAUAGCAAAUCAUACCUAGGAACUAUAAAGAUGCAAGUUCUAGAAAAUCUUCGAUGCAUUCAACAUGCUCCAAGCGUACAGAUGCAAGAGGUUCCACCUGAUUUCUAUAUUCCUGAUUUUGACGAAGAUGAGAAGAACCCUGAUGAACGAAUCGAUCAGCAUACACGGGACAAACAAGUUCAACGUGAUGAUGAAUACUACGAAGGAGACAACGACAACGAUCAUAACAUGGAUGAUGUUUAGAACUCGCAUUGACGGUCAUAACAAUGAUUGACCUUUGCAUAUUGUUUUAGGGCUACAUACUAGAUGUUAGAAAAUUAGGGUUCAUUUGAACCGGGUUGAAAUUACAAUGUAGCUAACAACAAAAGCUGUAAUUUAUGUUGUUUUUGGAUAGCUGUAUAUAAGUUGUACUUGUAUGCAGAUUUCUUGUCAUGUGUGGAUGACUUGCACAAGUGUCAAACUGAUAAAGAAAGAGAUGACCAACUUCCUUUUU